AUGACCCCAGAGGAGCUGCAGAAGCGGGAGGAGGAGGAGUUUAACACGGGGCCACUCUCCGUGCUCACGCAGUCAGUCAAAAACAACACUCAAGUGCUCAUCAACUGCCGUAACAACAAGAAGCUCCUGGGCCGCGUGAAGGCCUUCGACAGGCACUGCAACAUGGUGCUGGAGAACGUGAAAGAAAUGUGGACGGAGGUCCCCAAGAGCGGCAAAGGCAAGAAGAAGUCCAAGCCAGUCAACAAGGACCGCUACAUCUCCAAGAUGUUCCUGCGUGGGGACUCUGUCAUUGUGGUCCUGAGGAACCCGCUCAUCGCUGGCAAGUAG